ACAGUGCUAAAGUGUCAGCGCGUGCAAAAUAGUAAACAAAGCGGCAUUUUCCCCCAAAAAGUGCAAAAAUCACACGGAAAAGAUGUUCUAUCACAUCUCCCUGGAGCACGAGAUUCUGCUCCAUCCGCGCUACUUUGGGCCUCAACUCCUUGAGACGGUGAAGCAGAAGCUGUAUACGGAAGUGGAGGGAACGUGCACGGGAAAGUACGGAUUCGUGAUAGCCGUGACCACAAUUGACAACAUCGGAUCGGGAAUAAUACAGCCCGGCCAGGGAUUUGUCGUGUAUCCAGUCAAGUACAAAGCAAUCGUUUUCCGGCCGUUCAAGGGAGAAGUGCUGGACGCUGUGGUCACGCAGGUGAAUAAAGUGGGCAUGUUCGCCGAGAUUGGGCCUCUGUCGUGCUUCAUCUCCCACCACUCAAUUCCCGCUGACAUGCAGUUCUGUCCAAAUGGGAAUCCGCCCUGCUACAAGUCCAAGGACGAGGAUGUGGUCAUUGCGGCCGAAGACAAGAUCCGACUCAAGAUUGUGGGCACGAGAGUGGACGCCACGGGAAUUUUCGCCAUCGGCACUCUUAUGGACGACUAUCUGGGCCUGGUGUGCAGCUAGAACAUUCCUCUGGCCGGUUUUGCGUACAAUUUUCUCUAUUUUGUAAUAAAUUAACUCCAUUUACAUCAUUUA